AUGGGCGCCUUUCGAGCCUCGCUCUCGUUGGACGAGGCGAAUCGUGUGCGCCUUUCGCUGGGGCUGCGGCCGCUGGAGGUGGACGAUGAGACUGGUGCCGACGAGCGCUUCGUGCCUGAGCGCCCAGCUGAGCCUGUGGCGCGCGACGAGGCGGUGGCGACGUCGCACGCCCCGCAGGGACCGACGCUCGGCCAAGGCGCGUCGAUGAGCGCGCGCGCAUGGAUCCAGCAUGCACGUCGCCAGGCGCAGGUGCAUGCCGCGGAGCGCGCUGCGCAAGCGGACAAGGAGCAGGCGGCGGCGGCGCCGCCUGCGUACACGUCGCAGGACACGCACGGACUGCGCGUCGCUCACGACCUCGCUGAGCUCGAUGGGCAUGAGCGCAUUCUCACGCUGCGUGAUGCAGGCGUGUUGGAUAUGGAGGAGGACGAGCUGGAGGAGGCCAUGACACAGAGGCGUGCGCCGCCGAGUGCGUCGUCAGGCGUGCUUGACAAGUACGACCACGUCGAGACGCUCGAUGCUCCGGCGCCACGAGCCGACGUGGGCUUUCGGCUGGGUGAGGCGAUGGAUGCGCCUUUGCGUACGGAGGCACUGGCGUCCGAGUCUCGCCACGCGCAGCAUGUGAGUCUCGACUAUGAGAAAAAUGUGCCCGUGUCCGAUUACGACACGGCCUUCAAGAAGCGGAAAAAAAAGAGCCGCCAGCCGCGCCGGGUGUGGGUCGAAGAGAGCGCUCCGGCCCGUGCCGAGGCGCUCGUGGACGACGACGAGCUGGCCGCGAGUCUGGCGCGAGCGCGUCGGCAGCGCGCGAAGGCAUCGAUGAAGAAGGUGACGCCCGCGAUGGUCGCCCAGUCCGUGGCGGCCCACCAAGACGAGGCGCCCGCGGCCGAUGGCCUGCUGUUCGAUGGGACGUCGAACUUUGUCCAGCAGAUUGUCGAGCGAAAGGAGGCGCCACGGCGCUCGGCACCCGAGCACGCCUCGCCGGCCGCCGAUGCCGAGGCGCACGAGCACGCCUCGGCACCCGAGCCGCCCUCGCCACCUGUGCCUGCCUCGCCGCACGCCCCCGUCGACGAGGCGCCCGCCACGAGUCCCACCGACGCCCCCCACCCGGCCGCGGAAGCGGACCCAUCGAGCGUCGCGUCCGUGCUCCAGUACCUCCGCAGCCAGGGCUCCCUCGAAUCGACCUCGUCCGAGCAGCGCGAGCAUGAAAAGACGCAGCUGCAGUACGAUGCAUGGCUCCACCGUCAUCGAGACCACGCUGACGACGACGACGACGCCCAAGCCAUCAUGGACAAGUUCAAGGACUACAAGCCCGAUAUCAAGAUCGAGUACCAUGACGAGUUCGGACGCACCCUCUCGACCAAGGAAGCGUGGAAGCAGCUGUCCCACACAUUCCACGGCACAGCUCCCGGUCACCGUGCGCAGGAAAAGCGCCUGCGCCGCAUCGCCGAGGAACAGCGCCGCGAGCGCAUGCUCGCGGGCGACACGAGCGCCAUGACGCAGGCCUUCCAGGCACGCUCUGAACGCACGGGCCAGGCACAUAUGGUCCUCAGCGUCGGGCACCACGAUCAUGCGCCGCACCACUUUGACUUGGGCGCCCCGCCGCGUCUAGAAAAGGCGCCCCGCCCCAGCGCCGCCCCCCGUGCCCCUCCGGCCGCGCCUGCGCCUCCGGCUGUGCCUGCGCCUCCGGCCGCGCCUGCGCCCACGGCUGUGCCAGCCCCUCCGGCCGCGCCUCCUGCCCCCCCGGCUGCCCCCCCGGCUGCCCCCUCGGCUGCGGCCACGCAGCCCGCGUUCAAGCCCGCGUUUGCGCCCGCCUUCCAGCCGGCACAGCAGGCCCCGGCUGCCGAGGGCUCGCGCGUACGCAUCGCGCUCAAGCGCAAGGCUACAUAG